GAUAUCAUAUACAAAGACAUUCCCACAUUCGCUUGUCAUCUACAAACUCGAGCGUUUCAAUAGAAAUCACCGAAUCUAGAUUAUCGGAAGACCUACUAAGCGAUUACGUAUCAAGAAGGAGUUGUGAUUAAAGCUUAAAUACACAUAGUUUGUAUCUGUGAGUUUUGAGACUUUCAACCGUGCGCCAAAUUCUAUAUGGAUAUAGCUUACGUUUGCCGGGGAUAUGAUUCGCAGUCGUUCGAUUCAGACUGCUGCACCUACACCACUAAGCUCGCUGAGUCACCUUCCCCAUCAGAGUUGUGCACGCGGCCCGUGGUGCACUCUGACGAGGAGGUGGUCUUGCUGGCAUCGAGCAAGCCGAAGAAGAGAGCCGGCCGGAGGGUCUUCAAGGAGACACGCCACCCUGUCUACCACGGUGUGCGAAGGAGGAACAGGAAUAAGUGGGUGUGCGAGCUCCGUGAGCCCAACAAGAGGACCCGGAUUUGGCUCGGGACGUAUCCCACUGCCGAGAUGGCAGCAAGGGCACACGAUGUUGGAGCCCUCGCCUUGCGGGGUAAGAGGGCGUGCCUCAACUUUGCAGACUCUGCAUGGCGGCUCCAGGUUCCUGCCUCGAGUGAGGCAGCCGAUCUCAGGAGGGUGGCGCUGGAGGCUGCAGAGGCAUUUCAACCCCACGAAGCGAGAAGCAAGGAAGAAGCCCGUGACAGUACUGCCGAUGGCGAGGAGCAGGUACGGGAAACUAUCACUGUCAGUUCUCAAAGCUUAUUUUCGAGUUGUCCCGAGGUGGAUGUCACAACAUUGCCGGAGAUAAGAACAGCAGUGUCCGAGGAUUAUGCGAAUUGCGACGGAGGUGAUCAAGAGUUAAACAUGGCAAGGUGGGCCGACCGGCCACUGCUUUCUCCCCCUCCUUCUUGUUCGGGGCAUAGUACCAUCAACUGGGAUUGUUAUGAUGCUGAAGUUCACGACGUCGAUAUCACAUUAUGGAGCUAUUCCACAUAAUCUCUUAGAGAUAGACAACUAAUUAAUUAAUCAGGAAUAAUUUUUCUGGUUUCAGUGCAAGACCUUUUUUUUUUCUCAGCUAUUGUCCUGCUUAUUAAUCUUUUGACCACUUUUUUUUUCCGA